CGAGGGUGACAGGAAACCCUGUGCAGGGAGCGCCGCCAUCUUGGACCUGCCCGAGGAAGAUCCUGAGGGAGCCGCAGGAGCAGUCGCCGCUGCCACCGCUACUGCUGCCAGUGCGUCUGCACCUCCUCGGCCAGCCCGCUAGCUGCCGGGGCCUCGGCCGAUCGCCCCUGCCCCUCUCCAGCUGCGCCCGCACUCCUCUUCAUCGUCCUGACGCCCCCCUCCCGCCCGGAAAGCUGCCCAGCCACCAGCAACCCCCCAGUGCCACCAUGGCAACUGCACCAUACAACUACUCUUACAUCUUUAAAUAUAUUAUUAUCGGGGACAUGGGAGUAGGAAAAUCUUGCUUACUUCAUCAAUUUACAGAAAAAAAAUUUAUGGCUGAUUGUCCUCACACAAUUGGUGUUGAAUUUGGUACAAGAAUAAUUGAAGUUAGUGGCCAAAAAAUCAAACUGCAGAUUUGGGAUACAGCAGGACAGGAGAGGUUUAGGGCUGUUACGCGGAGCUACUACAGAGGAGCUGCGGGAGCGCUUAUGGUGUAUGAUAUCACUAGAAGAAGUACAUAUAACCACUUAAGCAGCUGGUUGACAGAUGCAAGGAAUCUCACCAAUCCAAAUACUGUAAUAAUUCUCAUAGGAAAUAAAGCAGAUUUGGAGGCCCAGAGAGAUGUAACAUAUGAAGAAGCCAAACAGUUUGCUGAAGAAAAUGGCUUAUUGUUCCUUGAAGCAAGUGCAAAAACGGGAGAGAAUGUAGAAGAUGCUUUCCUUGAAGCUGCCAAGAAAAUCUAUCAGAACAUUCAGGAUGGAAGCCUGGAUCUGAAUGCUGCUGAGUCCGGUGUACAACACAAGCCUUCAGCCCCGCAGGGAGGCAGGCUAACCAGUGAACCCCAACCCCAGAGAGAAGGCUGCGGCUGCUAGUGACCUCUUUGCCGUAGCUCCCGUUUGACCUUUCACCUGUCUGUUGGAAGCAGUACUUUUUACUGCCUCAUUGUCUUCUGUACAUCUUACUGGGUUUAAUUAAAAAAAAAAAAAAAAGGAAAAAACAA